UAUAAAGUGACCCCUCCCGGCACUGAAAGUACCUGUGGGUUUCGCGGCGGCCGUCAUGGAGAACCGAGCCUCCCGCGAGCCAGAAGCCGGCGAAGUGCUGCCGCAGCACAAGUUCGACUGCAGGCCCUUGGAGGCCUACCUCAGCCUGCACUUGCCCGGCUUCGGGGCCGAGCCCGAGGCCAAGCUGACCAUUGCCCAGUACAGAUCAGGACAGUCCAAUCCAACCUUUUAUCUCCAGAAGGGCUCUCAAGAAUAUGUACUCAGAAAAAAACCACCUGGCUCACUUCUUCCUAAAGCACAUAAGAUUGAUAGAGAAUUUAAAGUCCAGAAAGCUUUGUUUUCAAUUGGAUUCCCUGUUCCCAAGCCUCUAUUGUACUGCAGUGAUGCUUCUGUCAUUGGAACAGAAUUUUACGUGAUGGAACAUGUGCAGGGUCGAAUUUUUCGUGACAUCACAAUUCCUGGAGUUAGCCCAGCAGAGCGCUCAGCCAUAUAUGUAGCCAUAAUAGAAACCUUGGCUCAGUUACAUUCUCUGAAUAUAAACUCAUUGCAGCUGGAAGGAUAUGGUAUAAGUGCUGGGUAUUGCAAAAGACAGGUAAGGAAUCCACAUACAGAGCUCUUUUCCUCAAGAAAUACAGCUCUUAAUAAGCUCAAAAUACCAAUGGAGAUAAAAGGUACUCAGUCUCGAGUUAUAGCUGUCCUGGACUGGGAGCUGUCAACCAUUGGUCAUCCUUUGUCAGAUUUAGCUCAUCUAUCCUUGUUCUACGUUUGGCCCAGGACACUUCCAAUAUUAAAUCAAGGCUAUUUUCAAGAAAACAUAGGGAUACCAUCAAUGGAAGAACUAAUUUCAAUAUAUUGCCACUGCAGGGGAAUUAAUUCUAUUCUUCCUAAUUGGAAUUUCUUUCUUGCUCUUGAAUGUUUUAAAAUGGCUGGAAUAGCACAGGGAAUAUAUAGUAGAUAUCUUCUGGGGAAUAGCGCAUCUGAGAAUAGCUCUCAGUUUGCCAAUUUUGUGCAACCUCUGGCAGAAACUGGAUUACAACUCUCAAAAAGAACCUUCAGAACUACACUAUCCCAGAUUGAUACCACCCGAGAGUUGUUUGUACAGACCAGGAGAGGCCAGGAAAUUCUUACGAGGGUGAAGCAUUUCAUGAAACAGUACAUCCUUCCAGCUGAAAAGGAGGUAAUUGAGUUUUAUGUUCAAAAGGAAAAUUCAGUAGACAAGUGGAAAAAACCUCCAAUAAUUGAUAAACUCAAGGAAAUGGCCAAAGCAGAGGGCCUCUGGAACUUGUUCCUGCCAGCUGUCAGUGGCCUCAGCCAGGUUGACUAUGCCCUGAUUGCUGAAGAAACUGGAAAAUGCUUUUUCGCUCCAGAUGUCUUUAACUGCCAAGCACCAGACACAGGGAACAUGGAGCUGCUCCACCUGUAUGGAGAUGAAAAGCAGAAGCAGCAGUGGCUUGAGCCUCUUCUCCAAGGGAGCAUUACCUCCUGCUUCUGUAUGACAGAGCCAGAUGUAGCAUCCAGCGAUGCUACAAAUAUUGAAUGCAGCAUCCAACGAGAUGGAGACAGCUAUGUAGUCAAUGGCAAGAAAUGGUGGAGCAGUGGAGCUGGGAAUCCAAAGUGCAAAAUUGCAAUUGUUAUGGGAAAAACUAAAAAUGCCACGGCACCAAGACACAAACAACACAGCAUGAUUCUUGUUCCUAUCAACACACCUGGAGUAGAAAUCAUAAGGCCUUUGUCAGUUUUUGGCUACAUGGAUCAUUUGCAUGGAGGACAUUUUGAGAUCCAUUUUAAUCAAGUGCGAGUUCCUGCCAGCAAUUUAAUACUAGGUGAAGGAAGGGGAUUUGAAAUUGCCCAAGGCCGCCUUGGGCCUGGCAGAAUCCACCACUGUAUGCGAACCGUAGGUCUGGCGGAGCGAGCUCUGCAGAUCAUGUGCGAACGGGCAACUCAAAGGGUGGCCUUUAAGAAGAAACUGCAUUCGCAUGAGGUUGUGGCUCACUGGAUUGCUGAAAGCCGCAUUGCCAUUGAAGAGAUCCGCUUGCUGACCCUGAAAGCCGCCCACACCAUUGACACUCUGGGCAACACUGGCGCUAUCAAGCAGAUUGCAAUGAUUAAAGUGGCCGCCCCUCGGGCCGUCUGCAAAAUUAUUGACCGGGCCAUCCAAGUGUGUGGAGGUGCAGGUGUUUCUCAGGAUUACCCUCUGGCUAACAUGUAUGCCCUCACGAGGACUUUGCGCUUAGCAGAUGGACCAGAUGAAGUCCACCUCUCAGCUAUCGCGAAGUUGGAGCUCGCAGACCAAGCCAGAAGCCUGAGGGCCAAGGUGUAAGGAGGCGACACCCUCUCACCCCUAACAACUGCAUGGGCUCCAGAAUUUGAAUCACAUUCUGUUUCUGUAGCAGUCUGAGCAGAGUAAUUACUCAUUUUCAGUAAAGAUUUGAGGAUCUAUUUUGAUCAGUGGGUUUAAUCAUUUCAAGGGUCACACAUGAUUAAGUUAAAUUCUAAAAUGGUUAUUCAGUCUAAUACCUAACUGUUUACUAGUUGAGUGUUUAAAUACUAAAUGUUAAAGAUAAUGAAAUAAAUUGGAGAGCUAAAGCAUAAGCAUAUUUUUACUCUUUGAUUCUCAAGAAUUGCUCCACUUAAAUAUUCAAGAAAUAUUUAAUCAUUACUUCAUAAAAAACAUGGUGGGAUCUCCUUUUUAACACCUGUUUAAGGGUUGGUUUAACACUAUGGAGUCAUUGGAGAAAAAUGCAUGACCAAUGGGUCAUUUUAGAGUUCAUAUAACCAUAAGCUUCAUAUUCAACAAAGCAUUUAUACAUAAAAUCUGAAUGCAGUUUAAACUUUACUAGAAAACAUGGCAUAUGAGAAAAUAUAUAUAAAAGUGUAAUAUGCAAAUAGAUUGGAUGGCAGAACGACCAGUCACUAUGACGAGCACUGACCACCAGGGAGCAGACACUCAACGCAGGAGCUACACCCAACCAGCAGGCUCCAAUAGCCCAAUGGGGAACGUAAAACUGGGUGCGGGAGGCGGCGCCAGGCCAAGGCGGGUGUGAGCGAGCAGGGUCCCCGGUUGCCCCACACACAGAGGGUGACUGGUGGGGGACAGGGCCGGCUACCGGCAGCAGGGAAAAUCAGCCCUGAUUGCACACCAGGCCUAGGGACCCUACCUGUGCACAAAUUUCGUGCACUGGGCCUCUAGU